AUGCCACCAUCCACGCAACCCAAAGCGAAGACCACGAGAGCUGAAUGGAGAUCUCGUGGGGAACCUGAUGGCACCGGCUCAGUUGAAGACCCCUUGAUACACUGGGUCACGGAUCGCCCCAGAAAAUGCAAAUAUCAGGGCUAUCACCAAGUCAUUCGCACAGCAGCAGUGCGAACUGGCUUCAAAGUAUGGUACAUCAGCUGUGAUGGCCUGACCACAGGUAGAUUUAAAGAGGCGGGCGGUGUCCUGCAACCGCUCCUCAGGCUCCACGGGCAAACUCCCUAUUAUCGGGCGCUGGAGAGCACCAUCGCCAUGAAAUACCCCCAAGCCGCCGAGGCGCAGGCCCUCAUCGACAGCCAGCUCAUCCGACAUGUGCGCGACGCUGUCCGCAGGCGCUGCGACGUUGCGAUUUUGAGCCUCUUCCUCGCAUUGGUGGACGGGUGGCUGAGGUCUUGCGAGGAGUUUGCCCGCAGAGGCUCGGCGGAGCUCUUUGCAAACGACGUCGCGGGGUUCGAGUCCGCAUACCAGAACCUGAUGGUCCCCGGCGAAGACUACCGCUUCGACAACCUCGUCUGUCUGUUUGACACGUUGUCGCCGACCGGCUCUUGA